UCAGCAAAAUAAUGUAAUUAAAUACAACUAUGAGUAAUGUAUUUAAACUACGGCCGUAUAUGCGAUGGCCAUGUGGGAUUAUAAUUGCAUACCUUGAUGCAAAACAGUCUAUCGUUUCUCCUACCGCGAGUCCCUUUAAUUAAUGUAUUAUAUUACUCUUUACCCUUUUUAUUUGACACUGUCUCUGUUUCUCUCCCCUUUUCCUUUCUCUUGUAAGAAGGAGGGCAAAUAAUUAAGCAUUCAAAAUAUGCAUCACCAAUCUUCAGAAAAGAAUGAGUGAAUGAACCAUUGGGCUGGCCCACAACGUCCGACACAGCAGAAUAAAUUAAAUAACAGCUUUCACAGAUUUAACUGCAGUUAGCUGUAUAGCGUCACUAUAUAGGACUUGCAUUAUUCGUCUCGUUUUCGAUAUUGCGCGCAAUGCAUUGUGGGUAAAGUGGGACCCAACUUGAGUAGCCGCCAUUUCUGUACACAGAAGUAAAAUGCCUCUCGGCGGUUCUAUGUGUUGUGUGCCUGGCUGUUUCAACAAUACGAAGCGAGAUCGAAAUUUUUCAUUUUAUGCUUUUCCCAAGGACCCAAAAGAGAGAGGUAUAUGGAUUGACAAUAUUGGACGAGCGGGAAAUACAGGCAAAUUUAGUAAGUUCGAGCCCGCCAAGCAUCACCGUGUGUGUAGUGCUCAUUUUGAAGGAGGAAAGAAAUCGUAUUUGGGAGGUAGACCAACUAUAUUUCCACUCAAGGAAUCGAAGGUUAGUAAGCCCAGAAGAAACCUUAUUAGACAUUUAACAGUUGAUAACUCUGAGACAAAUUCAAGUGAACCUGGCGGCGAGUGGGACUGGAAGUUGAACAGCGAGGACGAAAAUGGCUUCUCAAACACAGAUCACGAUGCCUACUGCAUUGUAUCAGAUGUUAGCUCAGAUGCGCUUUUAACGACAGUUAAGGAAAAACAACAUAUUAUUUUCAGUAUGGAACAGAAAAUUCAAUCUUUAGAACUUGAACUUUCAGAAACAAGAGUGGAAUUACAACGAGCAAAAAAAGAUGCACAAAGAAAAACUGUGACAGAGGAAAAAUACAUGAAAAUGCAGGAACAACUGUCCAAAGCACAAGAGGAAGCUGACAAACACAUUUUCAGCAUAAAGUCUAUGCAAAACAAACCUGAAAUGGUUAAAUUUUACACUGGUUUUGAAACUUACGAGGAAUUUAAAAAUUUUCAUGACUUUUUAUACCCUGACAUUACCUCAAUGCAGUAUUGGGGCACGGAUCUUUCAAAUCCUGAGGAGAGGCAACAAAGAAGACCCAGAACACUGAGCACAGAGGAUGAGCUAUUCCUUGUGUUAUGCAGGUUGAGAGUGGGUCUGCUUGAAGAAGAUCUAGCAUACAGGUUUGGUGUGCACACAACUACAGUGUCACGGAUUUGCAAAACCUACUUUGAGCUAUUAUACUUUCGCUUUCGACAAAUGCCCAUUUGGCCAUCUAGAGAGAUAAUAGACCAAACAAUGCCAGAGUGCUUCAAGCAAGAAUAUCCCUCUACUCGUGUAGUACUUGACUGCACUGAAUUGUUUAUUGAAACACCAAACCAGUGUGACGUCUCUGGACAGACAUAUUCAAAUUAUAAGAGUCACAAUACUGCAAAGGGGCUUUUGGGGAUAGCUCCCAAUGGAUUCAUUACUUUUGUGACAGAUUUGGUUCCAGGUCGUAUGUCUGACAAAGAUAUUACAGAGAAUAGUGGUCUUUUGGAUCUCCUAGAGGAAGGGGACUCUGUUAUGGCAGAUAGAGGGUUUCUCAUUGAUGAAUAUCUUGCUGAAAAAAAAAUAGGAUUGAACAUACCACCUUUCAUGUCUGGCAAACCCCAACUUAGCCCUGGAGAAGAGGAUGAAACUAGGAGUAUUGCCAAGGUACGGAUCCAUGUUGAACGUGUUAUCGGGAGAGUGAAGAACUAUCGGAUUUUGAAAUAUGUAUUUCCAAACUCUAUGGCCAGCGACUUGAACAAAAUAUGGGUUAUAUGCUGUUAUUUGGUAAACCUUUGUGUGGAGCCCAUUGUAUCAUAAUUACUAUUCCUUUCUAUGGCAUGAUUAUUUAAGAACUAAACGGAGUAGUUGAUUGGAAAAAUACAAGAUGGACAGUGACUGUAAAAACAAUGGCAUGAAAUAAUAUUGUGAAACUUUGGUUUGAUUUCACAGCAAGGUUAAACCAGGUUUAAACCCGACUGUGAAGGAGUACUGAAUCGUAUAUUUCUUCUGCAAAUUAAAAAGAAAGAAAAGAAAACAAUUUUACCAAAUAUCACAAAUUUUAUUAUCACAAUGCUUUGAGCAUAUCUAGAAAAUUUCUGAAAAACAUGAAAUAUUGUAAGGCACCUUGGAAAGAUAUUUUAAGGCAACAUCAUUAUGCAAAAUAAA